UUCAGAGCUAGGUGUCAGUGUUUUGCUGUUUGUUCACACGUUCAGUUAAAUUAAACUCUGACCCAGAGGCAGCGCUCGGAUCAGGGGUUAAAUCAGACUCUGCUGUCGCCUCACAUUCGGGAUCAGGAUGCAGGACUUCACACUUCUAUGCUUUUUAGCCGUGGCUCUCUCUGCCUGUGUACAGAGUGCUCUUCCACCACCAUGUGACAGUGAGAUUUACUGCAGGGGUCCCAUCCUGCAUCAGGUACAGAACGCUAAACUAUAUGAUGAUGACAAGUUCUUUGUUGACAUGAAGCUGAAGGAAACUCCCGAUAUUGUUUCGUCUGCGUUUCGAAACCUCUCACUUGAAUUCCCAGAGGGGAUCCUCCCUCCUGCUGAGCUGCAGAAGUUCCUCAAUAUGUACUUUGAGAAACCAGGGACAGAGUUUGAGACGUGGACGCCACCAGACUGGCAUGAGAAACCAAAGUUUCUUGGAGGAAUCGCAGACCUGGAACUACGCGCAUGGGCUGAAAAGAUCCAUCUGCUGUGGAAAUCUCUCGGCAGGAAGAUCCACUCCAGCGUUAAAGACCAGCCAGAGCUCUACUCCCAGAUCUACACCCCUCAUCCUGUAGUUGUGCCAGGGGGCCGCUUCAGGGAGCUGUACUAUUGGGACUCCUACUGGGUCAUCAACGGGCUCCUGCUGUCAGAGAUGACACAGACGGCCUACGGGAUGAUUCAAAACUUCCUCUACCUCGUUGACAGAUAUGGCUUCGUUCCAAAUGGUGGGCGGAUUUACUACGAAAGGCGAAGUCAGCCUCCAUUCCUCACUCUAAUGGUGGAGAGCUACUAUCAAGCAACCAAGGAUAAAGAGUUCCUCAGAGCAGCUUUACCGACUCUGGAGCGGGAGUACGUCUUCUGGAUGCAGAACCGGUCUGUGGCUGUGAGAGCAAACGGGGCAGAGUACAAACUGAACCGGUAUCAUGUGGAAGUAGGCCUCCCCAGGCCUGAAUCGUACACAGAUGAUUUGGAAUUAGCCGAAGGACUCAGUGAUGAGGGAAAGGAGCAGCUGUGGAUGGAUCUGAAAGCGGGUGCAGAGUCUGGCUGGGACUUUACAUCCCGCUGGUACAUAGACAGUGAUGGCCACAACAACGGCACCCUGGGCUCCACUCGCACCAGUCAGAUUGUGCCGACUGACCUCAACGCGCUGCUGUGCCUCAGUGAGAAAACUCUGGCCUCGUUUCACAGGAUCCUGGGUGAUGGUGACUCAGCUGCACAGUACGAGCAGGCUGCAGCCCGCAGACUGCAGGCGAUAGAGGCUGUGCUGUGGGAUGCUGAGAGGGGAGCCUGGUUUGACUUCAACUUGGUGACAAACUCCAAACACUUUGAGUUCUACCCGUCCAACAUGGCACCGGUCUGGGCUCAGUGUUACUCUCAGCCUGCGAUGGGAGAGAAGGCUGUACAGUAUCUGAAGAGGAGUGGUGCCCUCCAGUUCCCCAACGGAGUUCCAACGUCUCUGAGGGAGUCAGGGCAGCAGUGGGAUUAUCCUAAUGCGUGGCCUCCUCUGCAGCACAUGCUCAUCCACGGGUUAUCCCAGCUCCCCUCUGAGGAAGCUAAACAACUAGCUUCAGAUUUGGCCCAGCGUUGGAUCAAGACAAACUGGUUGGCGUACGAGAAGUACGACGGCAUGUUUGAAAAGUACGAUGUGAACGGAGAUGGCAAACCUGGCGGUGGAGGGGAAUAUGAAGUUCAGCUGGGAUUUGGUUGGACCAAUGGCGUGGCCCUGCAGCUUCUGGACCAGUAUGGCGCGACUCUCACCUCAGGAAGCGGACACGUGUCUUCUUCCCUCCUGCCGCCUCUGGUCAUCUCAGCCGCCCUCAUGCUCCAGUGAAUCAGAGGUGACAAAAGAGGCUGACUGGGGGCUGGAUUUAUUUUUUGUGUUUUCGCUGCCUUAAAUCAAUCCUGUCCCCAAACCAGACUUCAACCAAACACACACUGACAUUUUCAAAUUCAACCAAAGUGUUUACAUUUUAACAAGGUUUGAUAUUUCUCUAAAUCCCAUGUGAUCAUUUUUAUUUGCAGUAGAAACAUUUAUGAUGACUAAGAGUUCCUUGGAUGAAUAUUUCAGUAUUUAUCCUCUGAGGUAAAUAAUCUUAAAUAUCAAAGCAUACAGAUCAUUUAGAUGCUCCCUGACUCUCUCCAUUAACUCAGAGCGCUUCUUGCUGCUCACAUCUCAACAUUAACUUGCCCCAGAUAUUGAACUGACUUUUCAAACAGCUUUAUACUUCAGUCAAUUUUGAUGCUUAAGCUAUCUAAACUGGGGCUUUACUCUCUCUGAGACCUUUUAUUUACAUGCAAACUCCACUUAAAGCUGGGGUUGGUAGUCAGGGUUAGAUACACUUUUUGUUAUACUGGUUAAAAUGAUCUUUAUGUCCUGAUGGCAAUCAAUACAUAGUGUGUUCU